UUUAGGAUCCACCAUUCUGGACUAGUAUUGCUGGUUUUACCACAGUUCUAUUCUCCUUUUGUUGGCUUUCUGGAAGUGACAUUUCUUGCUUCAUGUGCUAGUGACCUGACAUCCCAUGGGAGUUGAUCUACUUGGUUAUAUGCUCUGAUCAAGUUGCUUUUUUGCUAGAUAUGUCCGAAAGCAGUGUCAAUUCUAGCAGAACAUCCCAUAAACAACCGUCCAACUCAGAAUACACAUGGGAAUAUGAGUAUUAUGAAUAUGCACCAGUUUCAUUUGAAGGGCUAAAGGCCCACAAAUAUUCAAUUGUGAUUGGAUUCUGGGUUGGCCUUGCAGUCUUUGUAAUUUUUAUGUUUUUUGUUCUGACAUUACUGACCAAGACGGGAGCUCCACAUCAAGAAAACGUGGAGCCACCUGCAAAGAGAUUCAGAAUGAACAGCUUUACAACAGACUUUGGUAGACCGACAGAAGUCAACAGAAUUUUCUCCCAUGAUGGAGUUGAAGAAUCUAGGUCACUAUUCCAUUGCUACAUCAAUGAAAUUGAUCACCUUACCGGUACAAAACGGACUUCCAAAACUACAGACAAUGGUAUUCUCAUCCAGCAGACUGUUCGGAACUGCAAAGUGGAGGUAAAUCCCAAUGGCUUUGCUAAAUUCAACAUCCCAAACUUUGUAAGCACCGACCAGAAUUCUUCUUCAGCUGAUGAAGAUCUUCUUAUAUAUGAUCCUCCAAUUAUAUUGGAAAGUAAUCCUGCUGGGUCCGACCAAAAUAGUUUUAUAGGCUGACCGGUCUCAUCUUUUGCACUCUACAGAGGCAAUUAAU